GUAAUAAAAAAAAGCAAUCAAAAUUACUGAAAUUUACAAUAAAGAUAUUUUCAUUUAUAAACCAACAGUACAGGAAGCACAAAACCAUAAAAGUAUAACAACAACAAAAACAAUCAAUUCAAAGUUGUAUAAAAAGUUAUCAACCCCCUGAACCGAACUACCAACCCGCAAAAAUAUACACAUUUAGCUGUUUUGUUGUACGCGCAAAUAUUUGCCGGAAAUUCAUUCAUACAUUCAUACGCUACUUGUGUACUGUGUACUCAAAAACAAUUGUACAAUACACAAGUUAACAUAUUUAAAUGCAAUUCUGCUAAUAUAUAUAUACAUACAUAUAUAGAAACUGUUGUUAUUUCUUCUCCUACAUUGAUGACAUGUGCCAUUUUCGCAAAUCAUCAAUGUAUCAGAAAGUUUGAUUGCGAGCGACUAUAAGCGAAAGUGAAUAAUCGGUGUGUCGCGAAUUUGCUGUGCUGUGCUGUGCUCACUAUUAUCAGCGACGUCAUUAACCGGAAUUUGAAACACAAGUGCGUGGUGUCAUUGACGUGAUAACAUAUAAGUUCCUGUUGACAAACUAACACUGCUUGCUGCUGCUGCUGCCGUUGCCGCUGUGAAAUCCACCAAAAAACAAAACAAAAGUUUCAAUCAACAACUGCACCAUACACUUUAAAAUGGAAAUCGAGUCAAAUUAUCCAAAAUAUGCAGGUCGUGUACCGCCUUUGGACCUUUCUCAAGUAAACGCGAGUUGUCGCACAGAAAACGACUUACAACAUUUGUGGUCAACGAAAACUGAUAUCGUCAAUUCAGAGUCGGCAAUGCAGCGCAAUUCUUUACAAAAUCCCUAUAGUCAUCAUCAUACACAUUUAUCGCUGAGCAAUAGUAACGGCCGAAAGAAUGGUGAUGCUAUAAGCCUGCAACAUUUAGGUUCAGAUGGUUUGCCCGUAGAUCCACGUGACUGGACACGAGCCGAUGUCUGGAAAUGGCUGAUUAAUAUGGCAGUUUCAGAGGGACUGGAAGUGACACCCGAAUUACCUCAAAAAUUUCCGAUGAACGGCAAGGCUUUGUGUCUUAUGAGUCUUGACAUGUAUUUGUGUCGUGUACCAGUCGGUGGUAAAAUGUUGUAUCGCGAUUUUAGAGUACGUUUAGCGCGGGCAAUGGCAUUAUUAUCGUAAAAAUAAAAUACCAUCAAA